UGCCAUAUUGUUGUUGUGACUUGUGCUUGAUUGACAUCUACGGCCCAUUUCAAUAUUGCGAUUGUAUUAGAACCUAACUACAUUGCUUUUAAAUUGUAUACCUAUUUAUUAAGUUCUAUUUAUGAUAUGAAUUGUGUGUAAUAAGAAUCAAUUGUCAAAAACCAAAAAUGACUACCACUGCAAAAGUAGCAGUGUCUCAGAUACUACGCAAUAAAGAUGAAUUAGGUGAAGAAGAUGAUGAACCUAAAAAGAAAUCCAGAGAAGACUGGCGUAAGGCCAAAGAGUUGGAAGAAGCUCGAAAGGCUGGUACAGCACCUGCCGCUGUCGACGAAACAGGAAAGGAUAUAAAUCCACAUAUACCGCAGUACAUAUCAUCAGCUCCAUGGUACUAUGGCACCUCUGGGCCCACACUUAAGCACCAGCGCCCGCAAGCAGACCGCGAAGGCCAAUUUACAAAACUCGACACAUUCUAUAACAAGGGUGUUGAUACUAGCUCAGUAGCUACCAAAUAUAGGAAGGGUGCAUGUGAGAAUUGUGGCGCAAUGACACACAAGAAAAAGGAUUGCCUUGAGAGGCCCAGAAAGAUUGGCGCAAAAUUCACAAAUGCCGGGAUCGCACCAGAUGAAUUCAACCAGCCGAAUUUAAACCUAAGUUAUGACGGAAAGAGAGAUAGAUGGAAUGGAUAUGAUCCAUCAGAGCAUAAGGCUAUUAUAGAAGAGUAUCAGAAGGUAGAGGAAGCUAAGCGGGAGAUGCGAGCCAAGAAGUUGGAAGAAGAUCCAACGGCAGUGGAAGAUGAUGAUAAUGAAGGUGAGGAUGAAGACAAAUAUGUGGAUGAAGUUGACAUGCCUGGAACAAAGGUGGAUUCAAAACAACGUAUCACAGUGCGGAAUCUGCGAAUCCGUGAGGACACAGCAAAGUAUCUGCGCAAUCUGGACCUCAAUUCAGCAUACUACGAUCCUAAGACCCGUUCGAUGAGAGAUAAUCCACAUCCUGAGGCUGCGGAGAGCGACUACGCGGGCGAGAACUUCGUCCGGCUGAGUGGCGACACGGCGUCGCACGCGGCCGCGCAAGUGUUCGCGUGGGAGGCGCAGGCGCGCGGCCUCGACGUGCACCUGCUGGCCGAGCCCACCAAGCUGCAGCUGCUGCAGCAGGACUACCACCAGAAGAAGCAGCAGUUCAAGACGCAGGUGAAGCAGUCCGUGCUGGACAAGUACGGCGGGGCGGAGCACCUGGCGGCGCCGGACCGCGCGCUGCUGCUGGCGCAGAGCGAGGUGUUCACCACCUACAACCGGGACGGCACGCUGCUGGCCGCCGCCGAGAAGCAGUGGCUCAAGAGUAAAUAUGAAGAAGACAUUCUCAUAAAUAAUCACACGACGGUGUGGGGCUCCUAUUGGAAGGACGGACAGUGGGGAUACAAGUGUUGUCAUUCAUUUAUAAAGAUGUCAUACUGCGUAGGAGAAGCGGGGAAAUCUGUUGUAAUGGAUGUUCCAGAACCUUCCACUAGUACAGCAGAGAAGAAAGCAGUAACAACAAAAUCAGAGAAAUCAUCAUCAGAGUCGUCAGAAAGUUCGUCAUCAGAAUCCGAGGUUGACACGCGGUCAAAAACAGAGAAGACAAGCAAGAAGAAGAAAAGUAAGAAGAAGGCAAAGAAGAAGAAACAGAAGAAAGAGAAAAAGAAGGAAGAGGAUAAGUUGAAAAAGGCAUUAGAAAAGGAGGAAAGACAACAAAAGCGUGCGGAGCACCUGCUAGCACAAGAUGAGAGGAAACGUCCAUACAACAGCAUGGUCGAAGUCAAGGAACCAACUAGUGAAGAAAUGGAAGCUUAUAUGAUGAAGCGGAGACGGGAUGAAGACCCUAUGAGUCAGUUCAUGUGAUUGCAUAUGAUUAAAUAAUAUUAUAAGACA